UGGGAGCUGCCCAGACUUCAGGUCUCCUCUGCUCUUUAACAUAACAAGAUUCCUUUUGCAAGACAAGCAGCCACACCCCCUAGCUUACAGAAAUCUGAGGUGUCCAAAGAGGCAUGCUUUAAGAACAUGUAUUUUGGGUUAGGGGGAAAACCUCUGUAGCUCCUAAUCACUGCUGACAUUCCCAGGGAUUUAAAUUUGGAACGUUCCUGGUCAUUUCCAGCCUGAGUUCUUUGCAUGUUUAGAACUAGUACAUUCAUUCUAAAUAUAAUAGUUUAAGGGCUAUAAAAAUGAUUUCAUGUUUAUAAAAGAGAAGGGAGAAGACCUUUCUCUAUUUUAGUAUGUAUUUGCAUUUGUCUGAAACUGGACUCUUUCAGAAAACAUGUUAAACACAAAGUAGUCUAAAUCAGAGAUAGAAAGAAACUAGUUGGGUCGCUUGCUACGGUACUUAAAGGGCAUUGGUCUUCAGUUAUGAACUGUUCGGGCCAGGAGAAAAUGUCUGGUUGAGCUGUGAGCAAUGGAUGACAAUAUGAUGAUGCCAUCUGGCAUUCGUAUAAUGCUCAGUAAUUUUUGAGGCCUUCUAACUUGUAUUUUCCCAUUUGUGCGCCUCAACAGCCCAAGAUCAUAAACAUGUUGCAAGUUAGUAGCCAGAGAGCAAGAACCCCGGGUCCAAUACAUUUUCCUUAUUUUUUACCCUGUACUUUACUGCCCCCCACUGUUUGCAUCUCUGUACUCUUGGAUGCUGCUGACUGGCCUGGAGACGUGCAAAGAGGGAGGAUUAAAAUUGGGGUGGGGGGGAGAGUGAUAGCAUGGAAAGAGAGACAACAGAAGAAAUAAGCAAAAGAUGCUUAUGCCAUGGGAGAUAACAGUGCCAUCAGCAUCUUCUCUUCUUGUGAUUGCCACAGAGAUGUUGGAAGCAAACGGAUGAGAACGAUCUUUUGGGCUAAGGGCCUGAGACUGCUUAUCUGCCUGAACAGUUUAAAUAUACCUUAAAACAGUGCAAAAAAAAAAAAAAUAGAUAUAAACAAGCAAUAAUAAAUGAAGGGAAGAAUUUUAGAGCUUUUGCAAUUCUGUCUCCAUCACUUACUGUGUUGUGACCUUGAGCAAGUAACUGCAGGUACCCCAUCCUUAGCCGCCUUAUCUGUAAAACUGGAAUAAUGUUGGUAUCUUUAUCACUGAGCUGAGUGAGGUUCAGUUGAGGGUAAUGUGUAUGACAAGUAGCUUGUAGCCAGCUCUUAAGCUGGUAUCCUUGAGACAUUCUUCAGAAUUACAUUUCUCACCUCUUCUGGGCACAAACUAGCACAGGAUCCUGCCAGAAACUGGGCAAGAGGUUAUUCUUGGGAUUUCCGGAUCUCAGACAGGAGCCAGUAAGCAAAAUGGCUCUUUGUUUCAGGGUUCAGCUUAACCCAGGAUACAGGCAGUAUUUCUCCAGCCCAUGAGAGAAGUCCCUUUCAGGCGCAGGGCCUGAAAAACCAGUUACUCACCAUUCUUUCUGUAAGAAUUUAUUUACUCUAAUUAUGCUGGAGCAUCAAUGAGAUUAACACAUAUUUCUGUGUGACAGAGGGAGCUGGCCUAGCUCACUCCUAGUGGAGACUGAGCAGGUAAGGGAGCUACACAUUACAACUGUGUUGUCUAGGGCUGGCUUCUCAAUCUCUGGUGCUCAUUUUCCCUAUCAGUAAAUGAGGCAUAACACAACUUCUGUCACGGAAAGAUUUAAUGAAAUAAAGCACCUAACACUGCUUUAGAGCAGGGGUCAGCAAACUUUUUCUGCAAAGGGCCAGAUAAUAUUUUAUGCACAGUUUCUGUUGCAACUCUUCACCUCUACUCUUGUAGUAUGAAAGCAGCCAUAGACAGCACAUAAAUGAACUAGCAUCUUUGUGUUCCAGUAAAACUUUAUCUACAAAAACAGGCUGUGGGCCAGAUUUGGCCUGUGGGCCAGAGUUUGCAGAUCCUUGCUUUAGAAUACUUUAUUUAAAUAUUUGGUCCCUUUUCUUCAUGCAAGGAGCCCUGGUGGCACAGCAGUUAUGCACUCGGCUGCUAACCGAAGGUCGGUGGUUUCAGCGCACGAGGCGCUCUGCAGGAGAAAGAUGUGACAGUCUGCCCCUGUAAAGUUUCACAGCCUUGGAAAUCUUCUGUGGGCAGUUCUACUCUGUCCUGUAGGGUUGAUAUAAGUUGGAAUUGACUCAACGGCAAUGAGUUGGUUUCUCCAUACAAAAUACAGUGUUUUAUUGCUGUCAUAUAUGCAGAAGGUUUACAUUUGAGCAUUAGUGAAGAAAUGAGGAGAAAGUGUGUGAAAUAAGAUGCUUACAUACCAUUUUCUAAUCCACAGAAACACGUUUUAAAAUGUUAAUAUUUAUGCCUUCCUACUAGCUUCAUUGUUUAUACCGGUUUAUGUGCUUUUAUUUUUUCCAGUACACAACAGCUAUAUUAUGAUGUGGCUCCUGUUUUAAAGAUUACGUUGUAGAGGAUAGCAAACAAACAUAUUUGAUCUUUUGUUUUUUAAGGAAAAGUAGGUCUGCUGCCAGCUGAAAAAUGUAAUUGCCCUUGUGAGCAGAUCUCUAAGGAGAGCAGUGUACAGCCAGUUCUGACCAUUAGUGUUUUGGGAAACAUGGUUUUUCAGUGUUGUUGUUAAGUGCGGUCGAGUCAGUUCCAAUUCAUAGCGAACCUGUGUACAACAGAAUGAAACGCUGCCCAGUCCUGCACCAUUCUCACAAUUGUUAUGUUCGAGCCUAUUGUUGUAGUCACUGUGUCAGUCCAUCUUAUUGAAGGUUUUCCUCUUUUUCACUGACCCUCUGCUUUACCAAGCAUGAUGUCUUUCUCUGGGGAUUGGUCUCCAGAGAUUGGCCCCUCCUGAUACCAUGUCCACAGUAAGUGAGAUGAGGUCUGACUGUCCUUGCUUCUAAGGAGCAUUCUGGCUAUACUUGUUCUAAGACAUAUUUGUUUGUUCUUCUGGCAGUUCAUGGUAUAUUCAGUAUUCUUCGCCAAUACCAUAAUUCAAAAGCAUCAGUUCUUUUUCGGCCUUCCCUUUCAGUAAGCGCUUUGAAAAGCAGCCUCAUACAUACUUGGAGACAGAGAUAGACACACCUUCAAACACUGAACUUAGCAUUAGUCAGGUUGAGGAAAGGAGUCUCUAAUAAGAAUUGUUCAUUUUUGUAGUAAUCCCCAUGCAAGGGUUUAGAACUUUAAUAAGUUUUCUUUUAGAAAGUUUUAGAAGUUUUAGUAAUUUUUUUUUAGUAAGCCUAAGUAGAAACCUUAAAAGCCCACUGCUGUUGAAUCAGUUCCGAUGAAUGGUGACUCCAUGUGUUACAGGGAGCCCUGGUGGUGCAGUGGUUAAGCGUUGGGCUGCUGAGCAAAAGGUCAGCAGUUCGAAUCCAUCAGCUGCUCCUUGGAAACACUAUAGGGCAAUUCUGCUCUGUCCUGUAGGGUCACUAAGAGUCGGAAUCGACUCGACAGCAAUGGGUUAUGUGUUACAGAGUAGAGCUGCUCAAUACGGUUUUCUUGGCUGUGAUCUUUAUGGAAGCUGAUCAUCAGGCCUUCCUAACAUGGCCCUGCUGGGUGGGUUUGAACUGCCAACCUUGAGGUUAGUAGUCGAGUGCAAACCAUUUGCGCCAGAACUUUAGAUGAGCUUAAAUAAAGACUUGUGUCUUCUUUUCUCUGUAGUAACCUUUUCUUCCCUUGCAUGCAUUCAUUUAUUGCAUGCUCAAGUGGUGAAGCGUGGGACUUUACCUCCAGACCUCUUUGCCAUAUGUGUUCAGUAUACAUAGUGACUGACCCAAGACACCAGCUAGUAGGUAACAGGCCAGUUCACAUAGAUCUUUUCAUUUCCAGAGCAGCAUUCUUUUUCUCUUUCUGAAAUUAUCCAUUUGAGGUUGGUUUUAUUAUGGAGGACAUAGACUCUUUAAAACUUGAAGUGCUUCUUAGCCAUUGUGAUUGAUUAUGUUAUAUAUCCUAUGUUAUUUCCUAGGGCUGCUGUGACAAAUUACCAUCAAGUGGGUGGCUUAAAACAACAGAAGUUUAUUUUCUUACAGUUCUGGAGGAUAGAAGUCCAAAUUCAGGGUGUUGGCAGGGCCAUGCUCUUUCCAAAAGCUCUAGAGGGCAAUCAUUCCUCUCUUUUCCAGCUUCUGGUAGCUCCAGGUGUUCCUUGACUUGUGGCAGCAAAACUCUAAUCUCUGCCUCCGUUGUUAUAUGACAUUCUUUCCUAUGUGUGUCUCUCUGUGUCUUUUCUCCUCUUCCUAUAAGGACACCAGUCGUAAAGAUACUAGGGCCCACCCUAAAGACCUCAUCUUAACUAAUUACAUUUACAAAGACUGUUUACAAAUAAGAUUAUAUUCAGAGGUACCAGGGGUUAGGACUUGAACAUAUCUUUUGGAGGACACAGUUUAACCCAUAACAAGUGCUAAGGUAUAUUAUCAUCUGUAUAAACAUAAGAACCAAAUUGUUUUUUGUUGGUGGAUUUGUUUAGAAAGUCUCAGUCCUCAAUUUUAGUUUUCACUUUUUUGUAGCCUGGAAGUAUAUCUAAAAUAGCAAGCACAAAUUAGCUUAACUCUUAUUACUUUUCUUCCUCAUCCAUCUGUUCAUAUUAAUUUUCUUUCUGUUUAUCUCUCACUUAUCCUUUGAAAUAUAAUGUCCCAAGAGUUUUAACUGAUUCCCAUGGAGAAACCUAGAACUAAGUUCCGUGAAUACCUAAGCACUAUUGGAACAUAAAAUCAAUGUGACAGGAUGGCUCAUUGGGCAAAACAGAAAGCAUGUCAUCUCACGACAGAGAGGGCAAUGAUCAAAAUGCAAGUCAAAAAGGAGCGCAGAAGAAAAUGUGUUUUGAACAUAGGGAGAUACUUGGUGACAUACGUUAAGUUGGAGAAACGUAAGAAUGAUUGGGGCACUCACAGCCCAAAGACCUAAACUUUGAGAGUUAGAUUGGAGGGUGGGGCAUGAAUUGAAAUGAUGGUUAUAUGCCAACAUUUAGAUUUGUUUCUCAGUCAAAACCAGGCUAAGAUAUAUUUGCUUGCAUUUGACAGUAAGAGCAUUAUUUUUAGGUAAAACUUGAAUGCCCAGGAGUCAGCUCAAGAACUUCAAUAGUAAGCAAAACUGGUCAAGAAUUGGGCUUCGUUUUAGGGGAGCUUCCUGUAAUCUUUCUUCCCUGAGCAGUUGUUGUGGUGUUAAGGUUUUAGGUAUUACCUACCUCCCAGCAACGUCUACUUGGCCUUAGUUACUUCAAAGAGCUGUAUUGUGGGUUUGGGCAUGUUACAAAAGACUUAGAUAUAGAGAAUGAGGAACUUACCAGGGAAUAUAGCUAAAGCUUAAUGAUACAGAGUGUUAGAACUUUAUAUUCCUUUGUAUUUUGUAAGGUUGAUCAUUUUGAUACAUCCUGCUCUGUGUCCAGAGGCCUCCCAUUCCGAGGGAGGAUUUGGUGAGUGUGGUACCUGGUCAAGAGCAAGAGCUUGAUCAUUUUCCUAGAGAAUCUUAAAAGAACACUUUGCUUCUGGGAUGUUCUGAAACUGCUUAGGUCUCUUUUUCUUCAAGAAUGCUGAAGAGUAACUGGAUUUCAGAGUGACAGCUGGAUUGUCCAUCCUUGAGUGGUCUGAUUGGGUCAUCCCACUUCCUCUAUGAUUUUCUCCUUAUCUUUCUGCUAGUGGAUGGCCAAACAGAGAGGUUUGCCCUCCUUGUCCUCUACUUAACCAUUUUCAUUAAUUUUUCAAACUUUACUAAUCUAUCCUGGUCAACUUUCUGAGAAGGUUCAGACUUGCAAAAGAAUUACAGUUGGAAAUGGUGCUUAUCCAUGUUUCCAGCCCAUGACUCUGCCUUGGAACUUCUAGGACCUUCUUCUAUGUGGGUGUAUGUGUCUCCUUUCUGUCAUUCCCUUUUAUCAUAAAUCCACUUCACUAAGUUAUCUUCAGGUGGAUUUCUAAUUGUAGUCCUUGCUUUAGAGACAGAGAAAGCCUCAUUUAGUCUGAGCUUCCUACAACAGCUUCUGUAACCACUUCCUUUGUUUGUUCAAGCAAUUCCAUUAAAUCUAUUUCAGGGCGAAGCUUUCCAAGAGACCCCUUUUUCUCAGAAAGGUCAUAACUUGAGCGACCCUCUUGCCCCUUCAUCCAGGAGUACUUACUUGCCAGAAUCUGUGCUGGAUGCUGUGAGGGAUCCAGAGAUGAAUCACACUCAGGUCCUGCCCUCAAGAAGUUUGUAAAUCAGAAGAGGAAAGAAGACAUGCAUAUAGAUAAUGAUCAUGCGAGUUGUGAAAAUGUCCACAGAAGGAGGAUUUGGUGGUACUAGCAGCAGUGAUGCCCAGCAAAGCCUACAGUCCUUCUGGCCUCGUGUCAUGGAAGAAAUCCGGAAUUUAACAGUGAAAGAUUUCCGAGUACAGGAACUCCCGUUGGCUCGUAUUAAGAAGAUUAUGAAACUGGAUGAAGAUGUGAAGAUGAUCAGUGCAGAAGCCCCUGUGCUCUUUGCCAAGGCGGCCCAGAUUUUUAUCACAGAGUUGACUCUUCGAGCCUGGAUUCACACAGAGGAUAACAAACGCCGGACUCUACAGAGAAAUGAUAUUGCCAUGGCAAUUACAAAAUUUGAUCAGUUUGACUUUCUCAUCGAUAUUGUUCCAAGAGAUGAACUGAAACCUCCAAAGCGUCAGGAGGAGGUACGCCAGUCUGUGACUCCUGCUGAGCCUGUCCAGUACUACUUCACGCUGGCUCAGCAGCCCACCGCCGUUCAAGUCCAGGGGCAGCAGCAAGGCCAGCAGACCACCAGCUCCACAACCACCAUUCAGCCUGGGCAGAUCAUCAUCGCGCAGCCUCAACAGGGCCAGGUACAGCUGAAUGCCGGCCAGCUGCAGUAUAUUCGCUUAGCCCAGCCUGUAUCAGGCACCCAGGUCGUGCAGGGACAGAUCCAGACACUUGCCACCAAUGCCCAACAGAUCACACAGACAGAGGUCCAGCAAGGACAGCAACAGUUCAGCCAGUUCACAGAUGGACAGAGGAACAGCGUGCAGCAAGCUCCAGGCUCUGAGCUAACGGGAGAGGCAGAGCCCAGAGAAGUGAAAGCCACAGGAAAUUCAACUCCCUGCACCUCCUCCCUGCCCACCACACACACACCCUCACACCAGCCUGGUGCCUCCUGUGUCUGCUGCUCCCAGCCCCAGCAGAGCUCCACACCCCCUCCUCCCUCUGAUGCCUUGCAGUGGGUGGUGGUUGAGGUAUCUGGGGCCCCCAAUCAACUUGAGGCCCAUAGGGAGCUGCAUGCCCCUCUCCCAGGGGUGACCUCACUCUCUCCUCUCCACCCCUCGCAGCAGCUCUACCAGAUCCAGCAAGUCACCAUGCCUGCGGGCCAGGACCUCGCCCAGCCCAUGUUCAUCCAGUCAGCCAACCAGCCCUCCGAUGGGCAGGCCCCCCAGGUGACCGGCGACUGAGGGCCUGAGCUGGCAAGGCCAAGGACACCCAACACAAUUUUUGCCAUACAGCCCCGGGCAAUGGGCACAGCCUCCCUCCCCAGAGGACCCGGCGGACCUCAGCGCCUCCUGCAGGCUAGGACACUGGUGCACUACGCCCCACGCCUGGAGGCUGAAAUUCUCCAACAGAAAGAUGCAAUAUUUUUUAUUUCCUUUGUUUUCCAUAUUUUCCCCCAAGGAAUCAAUAUUUCAACAUGUUGAGCUGUGUGUCCUGUGCUAUGAAAUGAAAAUAUUAAAUAACAUAUUUAUGGCA